CCUCCGCGGUGCGGGCUGGUCCGGGGUCUCGCUCCUCUCUUACGCGGCUUGCGCCAGUCACUCUGGCACCCAGAGAGGGUGUGCGAUUUGCUGCGGCCGGUUCCCUCAGCCCCGGCUGUCAGGAGGCUGGCCUGCGGCCGUCCGCGUCCCCACCCGGCAUCCAUCCCCGGAAUUUCGGUCCACUUUUGGAAGCGGUCCGCCGACCUCCAGGCUAAGAGCCGGCGCCGCCAGCUAAGGCGGCGGUUCUAGGAGCUCCUCGAAGCUUCCGGGCUGCGCCACUGAUCCUGGACUGCGGAAGCCUGUGUGGUUCUGGGCGCGGGGUGUGCGACGCGCCAAUACUGGAUACUGAGGACACGUCAGUGCAGGCUUUGCUGUUAGAUGUCAAAUCCUGAAUCCGGGUGUGGAGAAAUUUGCUGCUUCAAAGUAUCAGUAUAAGAUACUGUUUUUUGGAUUUGGGUGGCUUUUCUUCAUGCGCCAAUUGUUUAAAGACUAUGAGAUACGUCAGUAUGUUGUACAGGUGAUCUUCUCCGUGACGUUUGCAUUUUCUUGCACCAUGUUUGAGCUCAUCAUCUUUGAAAUCUUAGGAGUAUUGAAUAGCAGCUCCCGUUAUUUUCACUGGAAAAUGAACCUGUGUGUAAUUCUGCUGAUCCUGGUUUUCAUGGUGCCUUUUUACAUUGGCUAUUUUAUUGUGAGCAAUAUCCGACUACUGCAUAAACAACGACUGCUUUUUUCCUGUCUCUUAUGGCUGACCUUUAUGUAUUUCUUCUGGAAACUAGGAGAUCCCUUUCCCAUUCUCAGCCCAAAACAUGGGAUCUUAUCCAUAGAACAGCUCAUCAGCCGGGUUGGUGUGAUUGGAGUGACUCUCAUGGCUCUUCUUUCUGGAUUUGGUGCUGUCAACUGCCCAUACACUUACAUGUCUUACUUCCUCAGGAAUGUGACUGACACAGAUAUUCUAGCCCUGGAACGGCGACUGCUGCAAACCAUGGAUAUGAUCAUAAGCAAAAAGAAAAGGAUGGCAAUGGCACGGAGAACAAUGUUCCAGAAGGGGGAAGUGCAUAACAAACCAUCAGGUUUCUGGGGAAUGAUAAAAAGUGUUACCACUUCAGCAUCAGGAAGUGAAAAUCUUACUCUUAUUCAACAGGAAGUGGAUGCUUUGGAAGAAUUAAGCAGGCAGCUUUUUCUGGAAACAGCUGAUCUAUAUGCUACCAAGGAGAGAAUAGAAUACUCCAAAACCUUCAAGGGGAAAUAUUUUAAUUUUCUUGGUUACUUUUUCUCUAUUUACUGUGUUUGGAAAAUUUUCAUGGCUACCAUCAAUAUUGUUUUUGAUCGAGUUGGGAAAACGGAUCCUGUCACAAGAGGCAUUGAGAUCACUGUGAAUUAUCUGGGAAUCCAAUUUGAUGUGAAGUUUUGGUCCCAACACAUUUCCUUCAUUCUUGUUGGAAUAAUCAUCGUCACAUCCAUCAGAGGAUUGCUGAUCACUCUUACCAAGUUCUUUUAUGCCAUCUCUAGCAGUAAGUCCUCCAAUGUCAUUGUCCUGCUAUUAGCACAGAUAAUGGGCAUGUACUUUGUCUCCUCUGUGCUGCUGAUCCGAAUGAGUAUGCCUUUAGAAUACCGCACCAUAAUCACUGAAGUCCUUGGAGAACUGCAGUUCAACUUCUAUCACCGUUGGUUUGAUGUGAUCUUCCUGGUCAGCGCUCUCUCUAGCAUACUCUUCCUCUAUUUGGCUCACAAACAGGCACCAGAGAAGCAAAUGGCACCUUGAACUUAAGCCUACUACAGACUGUUAGAGGCCAGUGGUUUCAAAAUUUAGAUAUAAGAGGAGGGAAAAAUGGAACCAGGGCCUGACAUUUUAUAAACAAACAAAAUGCUAUGGUAGCAUUUUUCACCUUCAUAGCAUACUCCUUCCCCCUCAGGUGAUACUAUGACCAUGAGUAGCAUCAGCCAGAACAUGAGAGGGAGAACUAACUCAAGACAGUACUCAGCAGAGAGCAUCCCAUGUGGAUAUGAGGCUGGUGUAGAGGCGGAGAGGAGCCAAGAAACUAAAGGUGAAAAAUACACUGGAACUCUGGGGCAAGAGAUGUCUAUGGUAGCUGAGCCGAACACAUAGGAUUUCUGUUUUAAGGUUCACAUGGAAAAGGUUAUAGCUUUGCCUUGAGAUUGACUCAUUAAAAUCAGAGACUGUAA